AAGUAAGGCGUGUGCGCGCGUAGAGCGCGUUCACAGAGCACCCCACCAGAACUCCCUCUCUUUCUCAGGACGGAUGAUGUCAGCAGUAAACGACUGUAAACGGUCCUACUGACCUGGGAUUUUCUAACGGAGGACUGAAGCUGCCUUGUUGCUAUGCAACAUCACCGCAACUGUCAGAAGUCAGAAGAAAACGUGAAGGAGUGAAUCAGUUGAGAACGCUUUUCAGGAGUUCACAGGUGGAAUGACGGAGACCGGCUUUGUUGAGUUCCACCUGCUGACUUUCCGGAUGCUUCCAUCCAGCUGAAUCCCGGGCUGGACGCUGAGCCUCGUUCUCGGACUGUGGAGAGGGAAAUGUUUGUUCAUGAACAGCAAAGUGGGCUCUCUUCCUUUUUGCAGCAGUGGCCAUGAGGAUGUUUUUGGCAGACUGAGGGAAGAGUAGCAUCUCCGGAUUCUGAGCAGCGUUAGAAUGCCUGUGCAUCAGAUCUCCGUUGUACCAGCCAGCAAAGAGACCACAAGCAACAGCCGAGGUUCCAGCAGAACCAGAGAGAAGAGUAAAGAGAAUGAGGGUGAGAAAGCACCAGGCCGAUCAGGGAGUCGAUCCAGCAACAUUUCAAAGGCUAGUAGCUCCACCCAGGGGGCAGUACUGAACGGUGCCUCUCGGACAUCGGCCACCCCCUCCUAUCAGGACAUCUGCAGUACUGACGGUCCAGUCAAGUUUGGAAAGGAUGCCUCAGAUUUGGCCACACCCAUCAUGCCAGUAAACCACGCCUCUGACUCAGCCCCCAUCAGCAGGCGGCAGGUGAAACGCCGUCACCGGCGGCGGAGGGAGAGUAGCAAUGGGAGCGGAGCAGUGGGUUGCGUCUCAGAGUGUGUGGACCACACAAAGCGUCUGCGUGGGCAAACACACACGCGCGUACACUCGGACUCGUCUUCGGAGGAUGACGAGCAGCAGUGGAGGGAUGCUCGCUCGUGGAGCCGUGAAAAGGCUCGGCGCAGGCGCAGUAGCAGCCGACAAACGCCCAAAUUCACAGCGGGACAGGAUGGGCGGGACAGGGUUGAGCUCGUGGCUGUGGAUGCGGACGAGGGUCAGAAAGAGAACAGGUCCCCUCGGGUCGUGGGUGCCACUCUCAAGAGCCGCAAGCGGUCAUCCAUAAAGAGGGAAGAGCCACCAAGCAAGGCGGCCAGUCAUGGUAGAGGGAGUCGGAGGGCCAGCGAGGAGGAGCAGCAGCCAAUUACUAAGUCGUAUGAGGAGCAAGGGUCAGGAGACGCAAACAUGGCCAUCCCGACAGCUCAAAAAUAUGCAAACAUGGCCGAUCAAAACGGUGCCGCACAGCAAGCAUGCAGUGACGAUGAGCUGGAGGUGUGCAGGAUCUGCCACUGUGAGGGCGAUGAGGACUGUCCUCUCAUCACUCCGUGCAGGUGUACGGGGAGUUUGCGUUUUGUGCAUCAGGGCUGCCUGCACCAGUGGAUUAAAAGCUCAGACACACGCUGCUGUGAGCUCUGCAAAUAUGACUUCAUCAUGGAGACACACCUCAAACCCUUGCGCAAGUGGGAGAAGCUGCAGAUGUCUACCAGUGAGCGCAGGAAGAUCUUCUGCUCGGUGAUGUUUCACCUGGUGGCUGUGAUUUGCGUCAUCUGGUCUCUCUACAUCCUCAUUAACCGCACUGCUGAAGAGAUACGGCAAGGCAAGACCAACAAUGCGUUGCUGCGUUUGUCCCCUCUCAAUGCCGUAGGGGUGCUGGAGUGGCCAUUCUGGACGAAGCUCAUCGUGGUGGCCAUUGGCUUCGCUGGCGGCCUCAUCUUUAUGUACAUACAGUGCAAAGUCUACCUGCAGCUGUGGAGGCGACUGAAGGCCUUCAACCGUGUCAUCUUUGUGCAAAACUGCCCCGACUCUGCCCGCAAUGGAGAUGAAAAGGCCCCACCUCCUCCGCCUCCCAUCAACCACCGCAAUGGGAGACACGAACCGCCAAUUGUUCCUGCCCCCCAGACGCAAAUAAACAUUUCCUGCCCUGCUUCCACAGGAAGUGCAGAGGCAGCACCUGUUUGAGUUACGGAUGGACAGGGGGAGGCAGCUGGAUCUUGUCUCUCUCUGGGAUUGGAGGCAGGACUAAAAGGACAGCUUGUGUCCCAAAUUUGUGGUAGUGUGCACUACUGUCACUUAGAUGGUGACUGAGUGGCAGCGGUCUAAUAACCAGACUGGGUGUAGUUGGGAAAAGUAGUGUGGUCUUAGGCCAUGCAUUAUCUUUGUAGUCAGUGACACUCCCAAAUAAAAACCUCUACUUUAAGGCCUCUUUCUGGGGAAAAAUGAAUGGAUUUUAUCUCACCCUGUGGUAAACAAAUAUGCCGCAAAGCCAAUACGUUUUUGCCUGGGCACAAAUAUCACAGGCUCUUCUUUUGGGCUGAAACAAAUAUUUGACGUCACAGAUAAUUGUCUUUAAAAAUAACAAAUAUUUACUUUGGGGAUCGAGUUAAUGAAGAUAUGAGCAGAUAUCGAACAGAAAAUUUACCUUGUUUUGUCAAACCACUGCUAAACAUUUUAUUGUUCGCUCUCCAUGUUACAGGACACAUUCAAAUUUAUUAACUAUUCAUUAGUCGAAUAAUUCACAUGAAUAAUACAUUUUUGCAGCCCUAGUCCAAAUACAAAGUCAUUAAACCGUCAUAGUUUGGAUUUUGCUACAUGCAAGCUCUCUUGCAACUUUCAUAUCAUUCAUACAUGACUACACAUUAACACUAUUAUAGAAUACUAGCUAUCAAAACUUGACAAAGCUUGCUUGUUUGUACAGUAUAUUUUGGUGAGGUUGGAAGUGGAGGAGUCAUUUAUUUCGUCUUCUUCCUGCAAAGGACUUGGUACGUAUAGACAGUAGAGGAACAUGGGCUGCUUUAACAGUUCUAAUGGAAUAAAGGGGGUGACGCGAUACUCUUAAGUACAACAUUUUUGCGAGAGAUCCUGCUUGUCUGCUAUGACAGGUGACUGAGUGAAAGCAUGCUGUUUGUACAAAUAACACCUAGAAUGCAGCUCAUGCUUGCGUUUCAUUCGUACUUGCCUCGUGACUCUUUAGAGCACAGCGACAUGCAUACUAGGGUAAAGUAUGUUUCUGGCCUUAGGUUACCACAGUGUGAUGAAUUGACGUUCAAAAAACCCAUUAAACCGAGGGCCGAUAGCAAACUACAAAGUCACAACAGAUCCUCAGAGGUUUAUCAAGAUGUGAAUUUCUAGUUGGUAACCAGUAGAACACUGAUGCUAUACAGAGGCAUCAUUUUGGACUGUACGUAAGUUUUAUUUUUAGCUUGUCCUACUUUGAUGACGUCUUGAACUAAUGCAUAUGUAACCAAAUGACUGUUUUCAAGCCAUUCCUCAGGUCCCACAAUCCACAGAAAACACACUUUGUAAACUCCCCAAACAGAAUUCUUAGUUACCCAGAAACCAGCCCUGCCUUUCCCAUCUUGUACAAUUUCAGACACAUUUAAUAUUCUUAUCUUAGAUCAUGAAAAGAUCUGAGAAGACUACUUCACUAAAUGUUCCUUCAGUUGGGACAACAGCUCCCCCAAAAAUCUGAAUGAAGUGGUGGAUUAACCAUUAAAGAAAACUCACGAGCGUUAAACAGAAAAAUCUCUAGAUGGUGCUUCAUGAACAUGAAUUUUGUAGAUUAGAGUUUGUCAACCAUGAUACUAGGAUACAGUGACAAUCUAUUUGUAUAAAAAGCUGUUGUGACCAAGUUACAAAAUGAUUAUUCACAAAAGCAUAUAUAAAUUUAUUUUUUAGACAGGCACCACAAUAUCAGACAUUUCUAACACACUGGACUUUGUAUUUUUGUUUUAACAGUGUUAUAAAGAGAAGUGUAAGUGCGCAGCCGCAGUACCACACGCUCAGCUCCAGAGAUAAUGUUCUAUCAUAUAACAUCAUGACUAAGCAGCUGCUGUACCUUGAGUUUUACUACAUAAAGAGCACGGACAGUUGUGUGUAAUGUUUCUAGAAACCCUCAAGUACUACAGCUGAAUCUCAAAUGGCUUCCCACUCCCACAAUGUUACCAUUAAUACAAACAGAUUCAUUGUUAACUUGCUUUUUCUCAUCUAAUAAGACUGAGAGUUGAAAGUGCAGCUGCAGUUCCAAAACGGAACCUUGAAGAUGCAGGUCUGAAAAUCUGGGGUCUAAAGUUGUGGUACUGCGCCUCUGCCGCUGGAUACAGAUUAUGUACACUUUUUACUCACAUUUACAGAACCUAGGGCUGCUGCUUCCUCAGUGCGGAAAUUAUGUUGUUUUUUUAUACAAUGUGGAAAUACCUAAUAUUAGAGAAAGUGAUCUGACUUAACUGAUCCUAUCUUUGUUACAAGGGCAAAAGUGAAGCACCCUCCAGGACAUAUUAGUUUGUUGAGCAGUGGUUGGUGAAUUAAGGAGAAAGUAAACACACAGAUCCACUAAUCACUGUAAUAAAUUUAAAAAUAUAAUGA